AUGCGCACUUUAUGCGACUCCCUCCCGUUGACUGUGCCUCGCAGAUCUGCGGGGUCGGCACACAUCACCAUCGAAGCUCGAAACGACGGCGUGACUACCUUCCAGAUCCGGAAGGAGGGCACUGAGCGCUCGGUCGAUUGCAAGAUCGAUACUAUCAACGAGAAGUAUCUUUUCAUGGUCAGUCUCACGAAAGAUAUACACGACAAGGAUAAAGACCGGCUCCACCUCGACGACAUGGACCUCGGCCGGGCCAUUGCUCUACUCGAUCCCCCUCCUGUGGACGCGUCGAGGACUCACGCCGACCACGCCAACGUUAAAUCGCUGGACAACCGCGGUGACAACCUGAAUUUUGUCUCAGCCGUCUUCAACAAUUUCAACAGGGCGAAGCAGAGGGACUCGAACGGCUUUGUUGGUGUCAAGGAGAUUGGCGGAUCUUUCAAAGUGCAGGUCAUGCGCUGGUUUUACGCGGGCUAUGCCAGCGCCGAGACAGAUGCGCUUGUUCACAAUCUGGUGUGCCGCAACACCCUCGCAGACUAG